AUGGGGAAGCUUCUUCAGAGACCAACACUAUGGAUCGUGGUUUCGCGUGUUGUGAUGAAGGGAGCUAGUAAGUUUGAACCGAGUGGGAGCAAGAUAGUUUUUGAAGACAGUGAAGAAGAUGAAGAAGAUGACUCAAGUUCGCCUGAGUCUUCUUCUGAUGAGGAAGAAGAAGCAGAACAAGAGUUAACAUUGGAGGAAAUACAUAAAUUGCGAGCUGAUGGGUCUCGUGCAGCUCCCUUGAAACCAACAACGAAUCAAGUAGUGAAGAAAAAGGCUCGUGCAAACAAAAACAGACCAAUGGAGUUAAGUUCUAAAAGACCCGUGAGUCGAUAUAGAGAGGUGGUUCAAAUUCCAAAGAAGGUGGUUCGCGAUCCUCGUUUUGACUCAUUGAGUGGAACUGUUGACCAUGAGGGGUUUAGGAAGCGAUACAAUUUCUUUUUCGAAGAGAAACUUCCUACAGAAAGAGUGGAACUGAGAAAGAAGCUAAAGGAAACAAAGAAUCCAGAGGAGGUCGACCAAUUGAAGGACCGGUUAAGUUAUGUUGAGAAAUGGAUGAAAUAUGAGCCAUCAACAAAUAACAAAGGAAAAGCAAUUCUAACAGAACACAAAAAGAAAGAACGAGAAGCCGCUAAGGAGGGGAAAAAGCCUUACUAUCUCAAAAAAUCGGAAAUCCGGAAGCAAACACUCAUCGAAAAGUACAACAGUCUCAAGGAAUCUGGGAAGCUUUCAGCGUUUCUUGACAAACGUAGGAAGAAGAAUGCAACAAAAGAUCACAGGUACAUGCCCUACCGUCGAGCCGACGCCUCAGAGCAAUAG